UUCGCAGCCCCGCCAGCGGCGAUCGGGAGCCCUCCGCGCCACCGCACGCCCACCGCCGGGAGGAUGGGCUGCGGGCGGCGGCACGGCAGCCCCCCAGCUCCCUGAAGCCGCGGAGACAAAGGGAGCGCAGCGGCGGCGGCGGCAGCAGCAGCCGGGCCGGGGUGGAUGCAAGCAACCAUGAAAGGCUGGGUCUCCGCCUCCUCCUCCGCUGCUGCCAGAGAGCUGCCGGCUGCCGCUGCCGCUCGGAGGACUACACUGUGAAGGGGGGCGGAGGAGAGGCUGGCCGGGUUUGCCGUGCGAAGGUAGCAAGGUGUAAGGGAGCGGCGGCAAGAAAAUGUCUUCUUCGGUGGGGCCCCGCGGCCCUCGCCCGCCCACGGUGCCCCCCCCGAUGCAGGAGCUGCCCGACCUGAGCCACCUGACAGAGGAGGAGAGGAACAUUAUCAUGGCAGUGAUGGACCGGCAGAAAGAAGAGGAAGAGAAAGAAGAGGCCAUGCUCAAGAGGUUGCAUCAACAAUUUGAAAGCUAUAAAGAGCAAGUAAGAAAGAUAGGGGAAGAAGCCCGCCGUUACCAGGGAGAGCACAAGGAUGAUGCUCCAACAUGUGGAAUCUGUCAUAAAACAAAGUUUGCAGAUGGUUGUGGCCAUUUAUGCUCUUAUUGCCGGACCAAGUUUUGUGCUCGAUGUGGAGGUCGUGUCUCUCUGCGAUCAAACAAUGAGGACAAAGUGUACAGGAAUACUGUUCCUACUCAUUGUGGAUCACAUUCAACAGUACCUGUAAGAGUUAUGUGGGUAUGCAAUUUAUGUCGAAAGCAACAAGAAAUCCUAACGAAAUCCGGAGCGUGGUUUUUUGGAAGUGGACCACAGCCCUCACCCAGCCAGGACGGAACGCUGAGUGAUACGGCGACUGGUGGAAGCUCGGAUGCACCGAGAGAAAAGAAAGCAAGACUUCAAGAGAGAUCAAGGUCACAGACUCCCUUAAGUACAGCAACUGCCUCAUCACAGGAAAUCUCUUCUUCCAGUGUGCAGUCUGACCGUAGGAAAGGAGCAGAAGUAUCGCAACCGGCUAUGGGCCCAGACCAAAAGCAAGUUUCAUCAAGGUCUAGAAGUGAACCUCCAAGAGAGAGGAAGAAGACAAUAUUGGUUUCAGAUCAGAAUGGCAAAGGUUUAAAGAGCGAGCGUAAACGUGUGCCAAAAUCCUCACUUCAAAAAGAAGGACCAGCAGAUGACAGGGAGCGUAAAGAGCGGCACGAAGGUAGAAGGCUGGAGAAAGGCAAGUCACAGGACUACCCAGACUUGCCAGAGAAACUUGAGGAAGGCAAAGUGCCUGAUGAUGAAAAACAAAGGAAGGAAGAUGAAUAUCAUACCCGUUACAGGAGUGACCCCAAUCUGGCAAGAUAUCCUGUAAAACCACAUCCCGAGGAACAGCAGAUGCGCAUGCAUGCAAAAGUUUCUAAAGCACGGCAUGAGAGAAGGCACAGUGAUGUAGCUUUGCCACAUACAGAAAUGGAGGAAGCGGAGGUACCUGAGAAUAAAUUAGGAAAACGCUCACAAUUGCAGGGAACUCAGGACAGAAAAUCUCUUGUGGAAACUCAGAGGUCGUACUCUAUAGACAGAACAGGUGAUGUAAGAAUUUCUGUUUCUAAACAAUUAACUAAUCAUAGCCCACCAACUCCCAGGCAUAGUCCAGUUCCUAUAGAACACGUAGAAUACAAGAACCACGAUUCCUUUAAAAAACAGAGCCGCCUUGAUCCUAGCUCUGCUAUUCUCAUGCGAAAAGCAAAGCGGGAGAAAAUGGAGACCAUGCUAAGGAAUGAUUCCCUUAGCUCUGACCAGUCGGAAUCAGUGCGGCCAUCCCCUCCAAAGCCUCAUAGAGCAAAAAGAGGCGGAAAGAAAAGGCAGAUGUCAGUUAGUAGCUCAGAGGAAGAAGGGGCAUCAACACCAGAAUAUACUAGCUGUGAAGAUGUGGAGAUAGAAAGUGAAAGUGUCAGUGAAAAAGGUGACUUGGAUUAUUACUGGCUGGAUCCUGCCACGUGGCACAGCAGGGAGACAUCCCCUAUUAGUUCGCACCCAGUAACGUGGCAGCCUUCUAAAGAGGGAGAUCGCUUAAUUGGGCGUGUUAUUCUUAACAAGAGAACAACCAUGCCAAAAGAAUCAGGUGCAUUAUUGGGGCUAAAAGUUGUUGGAGGAAAAAUGACAGAAUUAGGACGACUCGGUGCCUUCAUUACCAAAGUGAAGAAAGGUAGCUUGGCUGAUGUGGUGGGGCAUCUCAGAGCAGGGGAUGAAGUUCUAGAAUGGAAUGGUAAACCCUUGCCUGGAGCUACAAAUGAAGAAGUUUACAACAUUAUUUUAGAAUCAAAAUCAGAACCUCAAGUUGAAAUUAUUGUUUCAAGGCCUAUUGGUGAUAUUCCACGGAUUCCCGAGACUUCUCACCCCCCGUUAGAGUCUAGUUCAAGUUCUUUUGAAUCUCAGAAGAUGGAAAGGCCUUCUAUUUCUGUUAUAUCUCCGACCAGCCCUGGAGCCCUACGGGAUGCACCACAAGUCCUACCAGGGCAGCUUUCUGUUAAACUGUGGUACGACAAAGUGGGACAUCAGUUAAUAGUAAAUGUUCUGCAAGCAACAGAUUUGCCACCAAGAGUAGAUGGACGCCCCAGGAAUCCCUAUGUAAAAAUGUAUUUUCUUCCAGACAGAAGUGAUAAGAGUAAAAGGAGGACCAAAACAGUAAAGAAAAGUCUAGAGCCAAAAUGGAACCAAACUUUUCUCUACUCACAUGUACAUCGUAGAGAUUUUAGAGAACGAAUGCUUGAAAUAACCGUAUGGGAUCAGCCAAGAGUACAAGAAGAAGAGAGUGAAUUUCUUGGAGAGAUUCUUAUAGAGCUGGAGACAGCACUUUUAGAUGAUGAACCACAUUGGUAUAAGUUACAGACACAUGAUGAAUCUUCACUACCUCUGCCUCAGCCAUCACCUUUCAUGCCAAGAAGACAUGUUCAUGGUGGAGAAAGCACUAGCAAAAAAUUACAAAGAUCUCGGCCAAUCAGUGAUAGUGACAUCUCAGAUUAUGAUGUUGAUGAUGGUAUUGGAGUUGUUCCUCCAGUAGGUUAUAGAUCUAGUACUAGAGAAAGUAAAUCUACAACGCUAACUGUGCCAGAACAGCAAAGAACAACACAUCAUCGUUCACGAUCAGUAUCUCCUCACCGUGGCGACGAUCAGGGCAGGACCCGUUCACGUUUACCAAAUGUGCCAUUACAGAGGAGUUUAGAUGAAAUUCAUCAAAUGAGAAGAUCACGUUCUCCAACUAGACACCAUGAUGCCUCCAGAACGCCGGUUGAUUACAGAUCCAGAGACAUGGAUAGUCAGUAUUUGUCUGAUCAAGAAAGUGAGCUUCUUAUGCUGCCCAGAGCAAAACGAGGAAGAAGUGCAGAGUGCCUACAUACCAUCAGAAGUUCUGUUAGGCACUAUAAAACAUUACCACCCAAGAUGCCUUUACUAGAAAAUGGUAUUCAUUGGAACCUAUACAGCUCAACUCUUCCUGCAUGUGCUAAGACCAAAUCCGUGAUUAGACAGGAUAUUUCACUCCUUCGUGAUAGCCUUAAUUCACGAAUACCGAAAUUUGGAGAUGAUCUACUGGUUAGUGAACUACAGCCCUCCCUUGACAGGGCUAGGAGUGCUAGUACCAACUGCUUGAGACCAGAUACUAGUUUGCAUUCACCAGAACGAGAAAGGGGUAGAUGGUCCCCCUCCCUAGAGAGGAGACGACCUACUAGUCCCAGGAUUCAUAUCCAGCAUGCAUCUCCGGAGGAUGACAGGCAGUCCAGAAAAGUGGAAAGAUAUAGCAGCCAAAAACAAACUAGGAAAGGCUCCGCCACUGAAACGGAAAGGGGUCUGCUACCAUGUCUUUCUAGAAGGGGACUUCCAACCCCACGAACGACUGAACAGCCAGUCAUUAGGGGAAAACAUCACGCUCGCUCAAGGUCGAGUGAGCACUCUAGUGUCAGACCCUUAUGCUCUGUACAUCACCUAGCGCCCGGAGGGUCGGCGCCACCUUCUCCACUUCUGACAAGAAUACAUCAACAAGGAAGUCCCACACAGUCUCCUCCUGCAGACACAUCCUUCAGCAGUCGCAGGGGAAGACAGCUACCGCAAGUUCCAGUAAGAAGUGGCAGUAUAGAGCAAGAGCAAGAGACUUUUAACUCUUCCACAAAAGCAAGCUUAGUAGUGGAGGAGCGAACGAGACAGAUGAAAAUGAAAGUGCACCGUUAUAAUCAGACAUCAGGGUCUGGUUCUAGCCAAGAACAUGAGCGUGAGCAAUAUACCAAGUAUAACAUACAAACAGAUCAGUACAGAAGUUGUGAUAACGUCUCUGCCAAAUCAUCAGAUAGUGAUGUCAGUGAUGUGUCAGCCAUUUCCCGAACCAGCAGUGCCUCACGCCUCAGCAGCACAAGUUUUAUGUCAGAGCAAUCUGAACGCCCUCGGGGCAGAAUCAGUACAUUUACUCCUAAAAUGCAAGGCAGACGGAUGGGGACUUCAGGGAGAAUCACUAAGAGCACAAGUGUGAGCGGAGAGAUGUAUAAGCUGGAGCACAAUGACGGGAGUCAGUCGGACACGGCUGUCGGCAUGGUUGGAACAGGUGGGAAGAAAAGGCGUUCCAGCCUUAGUGCCAAAGUGGUUGCCAUAGUGUCUCGCAGGAGCAGAAGCACAUCUCAACUUAGCCAAACAGAGGCUGGCAACAAGAAGCUAAAGAGCACGAUACAGAGAAGCACAGAGACAGGGAUGGCAGCAGAGAUGAGAAGUCGUAUGGUUCGACAGCCAAGUCGUGAAUCCACUGAUGGCAGCAUAAAUAGUUAUAGCUCCGAGGGCAACUUAAUAUUUCCUGGAGUACGGCUGGGCGCUGACAGUCAAUUUAGUGAUUUCCUCGAUGGACUUGGACCCGCACAGUUAGUAGGCCGACAAACGCUAGCAACGCCUGCCAUGGGUGACAUCCAGAUUGGAAUGGUGGAUAAAAAGGGCCAGUUAGAAGUAGAAGUCAUUAGAGCCCGGGGCCUCACACAAAAACCUGGCUCCAAAUCUACCCCAGCUCCGUAUGUCAAAGUGUAUUUGUUGGAAAAUGGAGCCUGUAUAGCGAAGAAGAAGACAAGAAUUGCAAGGAAGACCCUUGAUCCUUUGUACCAACAGACACUGGUUUUUGAUGAAAGUCCACAGGGUAAAGUCCUUCAGGUAAUAGUUUGGGGAGACUACGGCCGAAUGGACCACAAAUGCUUCAUGGGAGUUGCCCAGAUCCUUCUGGAGGAACUGGAUCUAUCCAGUGUGGUAAUAGGCUGGUAUAAAUUAUUUCCACCUUCAUCACUAGUGGAUCCAACCUUGACUCCCCUGACACGCAGGGCUUCCCAGUCAUCUCUGGAAAGUUCAACUGGGCCUCCCUGCAUUAGAUCAUAGUAGCAGGUGCUGUCUAAUAAAAACGUCACCCAGGAUAACAAUUGGAACCAGAUAUUCACAUGAUCAAAAAACACUGUUGGAGAGAGACAAUCACUUCUGUUUUCGCUUGUAGUAGUUAUCCAAAAAUAUGUCUGAGUUGUUUGGCGAGAGAUGGCUUAAAUUGACAGAACAAAGGUAUAUCACAUAACGGCCAAUCUAUUAGCGGCUAUCACCGAUGCUUAUAAUGAUUAAAAAAUUUAAAAAAAAAAAAAAGAGAGAGAGGGACCUUUAGAUUCGACCUAAGUCAAAGAUGAGCCAAACUGGAAGCUCUCACUCUGUUAACAAUGUUGUAUUUUUCACAUUUUGACAGAGCCCUCAAGCAGUGUUACCUUCCUGGUGUUUCAGCAGUUUUUCUGUACUUGUCACUUCCACUAGUUUUUUGCCAUGUGAUUCUGCUAGUUUUGUAGAAGUCCUCACAACGCUAACAGAGACCCUUCCUUUCUUUUUCUAAACCAAACAAAAAAGGGCUGAAGCAUAUCUCUGUGAGCAUCGUUAAAGCGUUCAACAGCCACAGUUACGAUUCCAGCGAGUUCAAAUCCUUUCUCAGUUCUGGUACUUCCACGUCUCUCACGUGGGAUCCCAGAACAAAUGACCAGUCUAAGUUAUAUUCUUAAAAAGAAAUAAUCAUCACAGUGCCACUUUUUCUUUGUAAAAAGCAGAUAUGUUUGCAUUAUAUAUAAUAACUUUUAUGUUUAUGAUGUUCUUGCAUGGAAGAUUUUUGAAGAAUUCUGCAACUACUGCUGGGGACUGGUGUAAAGCAACUUUAGUCUUAAUUUUUGACAUUGAAUAUGUUACUGGUAAUGCAGUUUUCCUCCUAGAAAUGGAGAGGAGAUAUUUACGUUUCUGUGUAUAAAUGUAUAUUUGACUUCCCGAAAUGUUGACCAGGAAUGGAUUGAGCAUAUGACACUUUCAGCUGUACCCAGGCUUCUCUGACGUGUGUCACUUCAGACGCACCCGUCUGCCCUGGAUAGAGCACGGUAUGAGUUGUUCAGUGUUUCACUGGAAAUUCCAGUCGAAAUAUUCUGCACUUACUAACGUUUUUAUCAAAUUUUAGUUUACAUUUCUUUGAGAUUGAUGCAAGCACAAGGCUUGAUUUUUUAACGCAAGAUAUCUUACUUUUUGGAGAAAAAAAAAAAAAAGGUCAAAUUUCAAUUUGCUUUUUAUUCAUUUGAGUUCUUCUUGGCCUUGAAAUCCCUCGUGAUAUUCUGUAAAUGUGCGAACAACUGCAGAUUCCUGCGGGUGCAUCGAUAUGUUUCCCCUCCUUUUACGGGCCAUUCAAUUUUGUGAUCACACAAAUAGAGCAGCAUGACUUGGAACUGUUCAAAGCUGCAUGCACGUUUUGUAAAAAGAGAUGAAAAAGGUUAUUUAAUAAUGUAUGUUAGUUCCACAUAGGCCAGCUUGUAUGUUGCAUGUACUUGUACAGUUUGCUCGUAAUUACUAUACUGAAGUAACCAAGAAAUCUAAGCCAUCCAUUUUUCUUAUAGACAUUUUGCAGGUUUUAGCCAGGCUAGGUCUGUGAGUCUGGUGCUAAAUGUCUAUAGAUGGACUUUAUUUUUUACCCUAUGGAAAACGUGAUGUAGUACGGACCAAAUUCCUUCUAAUAACUAUUUUGGUGUAGAUUCCUACUGUGGGGCUGUAACACAUGUAGAAACUGUGCACACACUAGGUUUUAAUUCAUAGACAUACUGCCUGCACCAAGUGAACUAUUUAUUAUUAACUCAACACGUGGGAAUUAUUCUGCCCGUCUUUCCAUGGGGCGCAGAUUGGUUACUGCUCGACCUGCUGAGCAGGAAGAACUCAAGCAUUGGUGCACUACUACUAGGUCCUGUUCUGUCUUAGUGGCCAAAAACCAACUAGUCCUAAUUCGAUAGUAUCUUUCUAUUUUGACCACUUGUCUUAACACUCCCCUGUGCUUUUAAAUGAACUUCCAACUCAUGUUAUGUAAACAUGUUUAAUAAAAUUUCCUUUUCAUGUCCAG